CAUAUAGAUCGAAAAUCCCUUUCAUUUUUGUGCCCUUUGAGAUUUCUGAUUUCCAGACCAAAGAGAAACAGAGAAGAAAAAAGAGAGACGAAAAAAUGGGAUGGAUCGGAGAGCAAAUCGAUUCGAUAAAGUCAAUUCAGUUCAGACAACUCGUAACUCAAGCAAUUAGUCUUGGGAUGAUUGUUACAUCAGCGCUUAUAAUAUGGAAAGCGUUGAUGUGUGUAACUGGCAGCGAGUCACCUGUGGUGGUUGUGCUUUCCGGAAGUAUGGAACCUGGCUUUAAAAGGGGUGACAUUCUUUUCUUGCAUAUGAGUAAGGAUCCUAUUCGUGCGGGAGAAAUUGUCGUGUUUAAUGUUGACGGACGUGACAUUCCAAUUGUUCAUCGAGUAAUAAAGGUUCACGAACGCAAAGACACUGGAGAAGUUAAUGUCCUUACAAAAGGAGACAACAACCCUUCUGAUGAUAGAGUUCUCUAUGCCCAUGGUCAACGCUGGCUGCAACGUCAUCACAUUAUGGGGAGAGCUGUUGGGUUCUUGCCUUACGUUGGGUGGGUAACUAUAAUCAUGACUGAAAAGCCAAUUAUCAAGUAUAUAUUGAUAGGUGCAUUGGGAUUGUUGGUCAUCACAUCAAAAGAUUAGUGGACAAGGAACGGCCUGCUGCCCCAAGUAUUAUUUUGCUAUUGAUGCGAUGAUCUCUAUCGGAUGUAGUCGAAGAAAAAAUAUUUUUUUAGGACAUACUGAUCAAUAAAAUGAUAGUAGGCACAAAUACGAUUUUCAAUCAAACCAAAAUGUAAUAUGUGUUCAUAUAGCUAAUAUAAAAUCUGAUCCGAUCAGAAUGAUUUUGACA